AUGGCACAACCUGGCCCACAGCCUCAGUCUCAACCUGAUGACGCGCCUCACCCUCAAACCCAGAUUCAGCUUUCUAAUGUUUCUCAAACAGAGGAUCAUAGUCAGGUCCAAAUUGUGAAUCAGUCAGAGUCUCAUACUACUGAUCAGACUCCCAUAACAACAGGAAAAGUAUCGGUCAUUGUAUCCUUAACUAUCAGAGCGGCUACCUGGGUAUGCCUAUUGGCGUCACUCAUAAUUUUAGCAGCAAACACUUAUACCAUGAAUGGUCUCUAUAGAGAGGUCAAAGUUGGGUUCAGUAAUAUUAAUGCUUAUCGGUACAUGAUGUCCACUAUAGUAAUAGGUUUUGCAUACACAUCUGUUCAACUACCCUUAGAAAUCUAUCAAGUAAUUACAGGAGAAAGUUUUUUAACUCGCAAUGGGCUUCCGAAAAUCAUCUUUUACGGUGACAAGUUGCUAUUAGCCCUACUAGCUACUGGUGUUGGUGCAGCUUUUGGAGCUACCUAUGAUCUGAAGAAAAACCUUGAUGACUUGGAUGACCUUCUGGAGUUUUAUGGCGAUCCAAUACUUUCUGGAGCUCGAUCAAAGCUUGAUAACUUCUUCAACUUGGCUUAUGUUUCUGCUGGAUUCCUUCUUAUCGCAUUCUUAUGUUCAAUAGUUUCUUCUAUUCUCUCUUCACUUGCCCUUAAGAAUUAAUGAUU